AUGGUGUUAUUAAAAAGAAAGAUUGAUGAAUCAGAUGACGAUGAACCUACACAGGAGGAAGUCGAUGAAUCAAAUGACGAAGAUGACAGUGAUACUGUGACUUUUGAGACGGAUGAAUCUGACUCAAACGACAACAACAACAACGACAACAACUACAAUAAAGUUAAUAAUGAUAAACAUAAACCAAUAAGUGCAAAAGGAAAAGGAAAAGAAACAAAAGAAGAAGAUGAUGAUUCUAAUACUGAGGAAGAAGAUAACAUAAAAACUGAAAGAAUAAAGAAACAAAAGUUAUCGACUAGUAAUAGUGGUAGUGGUAGUGGUAGUGCUAUCACUAAAAAUGAAAAAGAUAUAAAGAAGAAAACAACUUCGACAACAACAACUACUACAAGUGCAACAACAAAUUCACCAAGUAAAUCAUCGCCACCAACACCAGUCAAGAGCAAAGAGAAAGAGAAAGAGAAAACACAAAUCAAUUCAAAAAGAAAAGAUGAUACAAUUAAAAAGAAUAGUGGUAAUAACAGUAAGACACAAAGAGAUGAAGAUGGUCUUAUUGAAUUGCCACUGAUAGGACAGGUUAAUCAUAAUCAACUGAUAUGCGAUAUCUUGAAUGAAGUCAGUAUAUUCGAAAAGAAUAAAGGUGCAACUCAUAAAUACAAUGCAUAUCGUAAAGCAAUACAAUCAAUAAGAGUACAUCCAAAGAAGUUAUCAUCGGGUUCAGAAUCACAAAAGUUGGAUGGUGUAGGUGCAAAGAUUGCAAAGAAAGUACAAGAGAUAUUGGAUACUGGUAAACUUGCAAAACUUAUUAAACUUCAAUCCGAUGAGAAACUUGUUGCCAUUAAUAAUAUAUCAAGAGUUUCUGGUAUUGGACCUGCCAUUGCCAAGAAAUUAGUUGAAGAAGGUGUGACUAGUAUAGAAAAACUAAGAAAGAUCAGUACAACAUUAAAUCAUCAUCAACAGGUUGGUUUGAAAUACUUUGAGGAUAUCGAACAACGUGUACCAAGAGAUGAAAUAGAGAAGAUUGAAACCAUUUGUAUUGAACUAUUGAAAAAGAUUGAUAAAGAUGCUGUUGCUGAGACAUGUGGUAGUUAUCGUAGAGGUGCAGCAUCAAGUGGUGAUAUAGAUCUAUUGCUGACACAUCCUAAAUACAAUAAAGAGUGGAAGGCAGAUGCAAAGAAGAAUCAAUCGUUCAAUUUGAUAGAGAAAUUGGUAAAGGCGUUGAAAGAGAAGGGUGUCAUAGUUGACGAUAUCAGUUUGGGACCAAUGAAAUACAUGGGUUGUUGUAUAGUACCGAAUGAAAUGGACAAAUCAAAGUCCAGUCAAAAGAAUCCACCGAAACCAAUAGUUAGAAGAAUAGAUUUUAAAUUGGUACCGAUCGAAUCUUAUUACUUUGGAUUACUUCAUAACACUGGUUCAGAUGAAUUCAAUAGACAAAUGAGAGCAAUCGCAUUAUCUAAAGGAUAUACACUAAGUGAAUAUUCAAUCAAUAAGAUUCUGGGUGCAGGUGCAAAUAACAAGAGUGAAGAUAUCAUUGUACAUAGUGAGCGUGGAAUAUUUGAUAUCAUAGGAAUGAAGUAUUAUGCACCUACACAAAGAAGUUUUAGAAUGUUAAAGUCAAUUGUAAAAUCAACAGGUUCAUCUUUAUUUAGACAGAAUAAAAUACAAAAUGUUGGAGUAUUGAGUCAAUCUUUUGUUUCGAUUGCAACUGCAUCUGCUAUGCCAACUUCAUUACAAUCUUCAACAACUCGUUUAUAUAGCAUUGCAAAUCAAUACAACAAUCAAAACAAUAGAUUAUAUGCAUCAAAGAAAGCUGCAUCCACCGAUAAAUCAGCAACGAAAAAGAAAGAGGAAGCUAUUGAAACACCAAGUAUCUUAACAAUCAGUUCAUAUUUUAAAUAUCCAGAGUAUGGAGUCAAUGAAUAUGUUAAUCUUUCAAGAGGUAGUUUGUUCUUGGUGAAAACACCGAGUGGUUUGUUCAGUGCAUCAAGACCAAUCUAUGCAAUCAGUUGUGCACAUAUUACUCAUCCAUUCAACUUCCCAUUCCUCUACAAAGAAGAGAAUCACAAAUGGAUAUUUGCACUCGGUGAAUCAAAUAUUAAAGCAGAGAUUGAAUAUCGUGAUCCAAAAACAGGAAAAGUUUUACAUUCGUUACCAAUAGAGAAACCAUACUAUUUACAUCCAACAUUGGAUCUAGUAUGUUUCAGAGUUAAUUUGGAGGAUUUCACAAGAAGUAACCUACCAUACAUUCCAUCGGUGCUCGAACUUGAAGACUAUGAACAUCCACGUAAAGGACAUACUGGUAAAUUAUUUGGAUAUCAAUUGGUAAAUGAAAAAGAUAAUAUUAUGAUGCCACUGGCCAGUGAAUAUAAAUUCAAUGUUGAAGAACCAAAUAGACAUUUCGUUCAAACUCAAUCAGCAUCACCAAUGGGAAUGUGUGGUGGUCCAGCCAUCAACUUUGACAAUGAGGUCGUUGGAAUGAUCGAGGGUCUAGUCAAAUUGGAUCCGAAACUAAUUCAAAACUCUGACCAAGAUAGCAAAAAGAACUUUUUCACCAGUUUAAAUUCUAAUACUGUUUAUAUACCUUCGACCGUACUUAAAGAGUUCAUUAAAUCAAUCGAUGAUUCAGUUACUGACGAACAAAAAUAA